GGGGGCGCCCCGAGCCGCCCCGAGCCGCCCCGAUGCUGCGCUUCCCGACCUGCUUCCCGUCCUUCCGGGUGGUGGGCGAGAAGCAGCUGCCGCAGGAGGUCAUCUUCCUGGUCUGGUCGCCCAAGCGGGACCUCAUCGCGCUGGCCAACACGGCGGGCGAGGUUUUGCUUCAUCGCCUUGCAAGUUUUCAUAGAGUUUGGAGUUUUCCACCCAAUGAAAAUACAGGAAAGGAAGUAACCUGUUUGGCUUGGAGACCAGAUGGCAAACUCUUGGCCUUUGCCCUCGCGGACACCAAGAAGAUUGUCCUGUGUGAUGUGGAGAAGCCCGAGAGCCUGCACUCCUUCUCUGUGGAGGCCCCCGUUUCCUGCAUGCAUUGGAUGGAAGUGACGGUGGAGAGCAGUGUUCUAACAUCCUUUUAUAAUGCUGAAGACGAAUCAAAUCUUCUUUUACCCAAACUACCUACAUUGCCAAAAAAUUACAGCAAUACCUCAAAAAUAUUUAGUGAAGAAAAUUCUGAUGAAAUUAUUAAGCUCUUGGGAGAUGUCAGGCUUAAUAUUUUGGUCCUUGGAGGAAGCUCUGGAUUCAUCGAGCUUUAUGCCUAUGGAAUGUUUAAAAUUGCUCGAGUCACAGGGAUUGUGGGCACCUGCCUGGCACUGUGUUUAUCCAGUGAUUUGAAGUCGCUGUCAGUGGUCACAGAGGUUGCUGCGGGCGCCGCUGCAGAGGUCUCCUACUUCCAGCUUGAAACCAAUUUGUUGUAUUCCUUUUUACCUGAAGUAACUCGGAUGGCCAGAAAGUUUACUCAUAUUUCAGCUCUAUUACAGUAUAUAAAUCUGUCACUCACGUGCAUGUGCGAGGCCUGGGAAGAGAUCCUGAUGCAGAUGGAUUCGCGCCUCACCAAGUUUGUGCAGGAGAAGAGCACCACGACCUCCGUGCAGGAUGAGUUCAUGCACCUGCUCCUGUGGGGGAAGGCCAGUGCUGAACUCCAGACCCUCUUAAUGAACCAGCUCACGGUGAAGGGCUUAAAAAAGCUUGGCCAGUCAAUAGAGUCGUCAUAUUCCAGCAUACAAAAAUUGGUGAUAAGCCACUUACAGAGUGGCUCCGAGUCCCUGUUGUACCACUUGAGUGAACUGAAGGGAAUGGCUUCGUGGAAGCAAAAGUACCAACCUCUGGGACUCGAUGCUGCGGGAAUUGAAGAUGCGAUUACCGCCGUGGGGUCCUUCAUCCUUAAGGCAAACGAACUUCUCCAAGUUAUAGACAGUAGUAUGAAAAACUUCAAGGCAUUUUUUCGGUGGCUGUAUGUGGCAAUGCUGAGGAUGACAGAAGACCACGUGCUUCCUGAGCUGAAUAAGAUGACUCAAAAAGAUAUCACAUUUGUUGCUGAAUUUCUUACUGAGCAUUUCAAUGAGGCUCCAGACCUCUAUAAUAGAAAAGGAAAGUACUUUAACGUUGAAAAAGUUGGUCAGUACCUGAAGGACGAGGACGAUGACCUCGUGUCCCCGCCGAACACGGAAGGCAACCAGUGGUACGACUUCCUCCAGAGCAGCAGCCACCUGAAAGAAAGCCCGUUGCUGUUUCCUUAUUAUCCGCGAAAGUCACUGCAUUUUGUGAAGAGGAGGAUGGAGAAUAUUAUUGAUCAGUGUUUACAAAAGCCUGCGGAUGUAAUUGGGAAAUCGAUGAACCAAGCAAUCUGUAUUCCAUUAUAUAGAGACGCUCGAAGUGAGGACUCGACCCGGAGGUUGUUUAAAUUUCCUUUUCUGUGGAAUAACAAAACUUCAAAUCUUCAUUAUCUCCUUUUUACCAUUUUAGAAGACUCACUGUAUAAAAUGUGCAUCUUAAGGAGACACACCGACAUUUCCCAAUCUGUAGAUAAUGGACUAGUCGCUGUAAAAUUUGGGAGCUUCACGUACGCCACCACUGAAAAAGUGAGAAGAAGCACCUACAGUUGUUUGGACGCCCAGUUUUACGAUGAUGAAACUGUGACCGUGGUUCUGAAAGACACUGCAGGGCGUGAAGGACGGGACCGGCUCCUGGUCCAGCUGCCCCUGUCUCUGGUGUAUAAGGGCGAGGACGCUGCGGAGGGCCAGUUCACGGGGACGUACUCCAGCAGGCUGGAUGAGCAGUACAGUGCCAUUCCCAUGAGGACCCUGCACUUCGAGAAGCACUGGCGUCUGCUGGAGAGUAUGAAGGCACAGUACGUGGCGGGAAAUGGUUUCCGGAAGGUGUCCUGUGUGUUAAGUUCCAAUCUGCGUCACGUGAGAGUGUUUGAAAUGGACAUUGACGACGAGUGGGAGCUGGAUGAGUCCUCGGAUGACGAGGAGGAGGCCGGGGGUAAGCCAGGGAAGAUCACAGAUGCGGUGGUGUCCGAGUCGGAGCCUGAGAGCCAGCCCGCGGGGGCUGACGCCCCAGCUCCAGAAACCGUCAGUGAAGCAGAGAAACUGGACCCCGAGCAGGACUCCUGAUGCGCUCGCCACCCCGGCCGCCAGGACGGCAGGGCCACUUGGUUUCCGGGUGACGUUUGAUGGUCUUGGCAUCAGGAGGAAAUAAACAGAACCUUGUC